GAGUGUCAUUAUUCGAGACAGCGCACUGGCGUUGAGACGUGAGAUCAGUGUUGGCAUUUGGCAAAAUUGCAACCCAGUGGGCCAGUGCCUGAGCAGCCUUCAUAGGUGAGAGGUUGUUAUAUCGACGCUAUCAUCAACAACGCCUCUGAACAUGGCAUCGACGCUUAUAACUCGCUGUUCGAGGAGCCUUCUGCUAGCUCCAAGAGCCAAUUUCAGUACUUCUGCGCUCCCUAAACCUGUCGUCAAUCCUUCGAUCGAGUACACUAAACUAUUCAUCAACAAUGAAUUCGUUGACUCAGCGAGCGGCAAGACCUUCCCUACGGUCAACCCCGCAACUGGAGAAGAGAUCUGCCGGGUGGCUGAAGCUGACAAGGCUGACGUAGACAAGGCGGUGUCGGCAGCGCGUGCGGCGUUCGCGUUGAACGGCGAGUGGCGUAGCAUGGACGCCUCCCACAGGGGGGUGUUGCUCAACAGACUCGCCGACCUCAUGGAGAGAGACAAGGUCUACCUCGCGUCUUUGGAGACCCUGGACAACGGUAAGCCGUACAAGGAUGCGCUACUUGCGGACGUAGAGCUGAGCGUGAAGAACUUACGCUACUUCGCUGGCUACGCGGACAAGAUACACGGCACGACCAUCCCUACGGACGGUCCUUACUUCGCCUACACCAGACUUGAGCCCGUGGGUGUUUGUGGCCAGAUCAUCCCCUGGAACUUCCCCUUGCUCAUGCAGGCCUGGAAGUUAGGGCCUGCCCUGGCCACUGGCAACACCGUGGUGAUGAAGCUAGCGGAGCAGACGCCCUUGUCAGGCCUGCAUGUGGCCUCCCUCGUGAAGGAAGCAGGCUUCCCUGCUGGGGUCGUCAACGUACUGACGGGCUACGGCCCCACCGCGGGGGCAGCGAUCGCCUCGCAUCUUGAUGUCGACAAGGUCGCCUUCACCGGCUCCACGGAGGUUGGCCACAAGAUCCAGCAGGCGGCUGGCGCCAGCAACCUCAAACGCGUCACCCUGGAGCUCGGCGGCAAGAGCCCUAACAUUAUUUUCAAGGAUGCAGACCUCGCUUAUGCCGUGGAACAAGCGCACUUCGGGCUCUUCUUCAACCAAGGCCAAUGCUGCUGUGCUGGUACCCGCACUUUCGUGGAGGACAGCAUUUACGAUGAAUUUGUUGAGCGGAGCUUGGAGCGAGCGAAGAAGAGAACCAUCGGUGACCCUUUCGAUGCAUCCAACGAGCAAGGACCUCAGAUUGAUGAGGAGCAGAUGACCAAGAUUUUGAGUUUGGUUGACUCUGGCAAGAAGGACGGCGCCAAGUUAGUAUGCGGAGGCGCCAGGCACGGCGACAGAGGUUACUUCGUGCAGCCCACCAUCUUCAGGGACGUCAAGGAUAACAUGAGGAUCGCUCAGGAGGAGAUCUUUGGGCCAGUAAUGCAGAUCCUGAAGUUCAGCGACAUCAAAGAGGUGAUAGAACGCGCCAACAACACCCAGUACGGCCUCGCCGCCGCCGUCUUCACCAAUGAUCUCGACAAAGCUAACCUCUUCGCCCAGGGCCUGCGUGCCGGCACUGUCUGGAUCAACUGCUACGAUGUGCUGAACGCCCAGACCCCCUUCGGCGGCUACAAAAUGUCUGGUCAGGGCAGGGAAAAUUCGGAAUUCGGCCUGCGGAACUACUUGGAAGUGAAAGCUGUCAUUACAAAGCUGCCUAAUAAAAACGCUUAGUUUAUCAGGUCAUUAACGCAAUUAGCUUCUGCGCUGGUUGAUGCCAUGGAAGACGUGAUAAACUAGUAUUUCAUUGCGUUCGCACACGAGUAUUAUUGAUUGAAUGUUGAAACCAACUCCUUAUUAGUAUGAUUAAAGUUUAGGCAAGUUAGUUAAGUUGAUAGAAGACCAGAGAUAUUGCAAAAAUUCACUUACCCAGAUAUGGUGCAGCCAGACUACUUGUCUAUAGGCGGCAGAAAAUAUCUUCGUCUCGUUAAAUCGUUAAUAGAUUUCAAAACUUGUCGAUUAUUCUCAUCCACGCAAGUGGUACAAAACGGUGCGAGUAUUCAUGCACUCCAAUGACGGCUGGUAUCAGUCUUCAUAGCUCCCCUUCCGAAUGGCAACUAUGUGAGUGGAUGAAAAUGGUGCUUUUAUUAAUGCUAUGAGUCAUUAUGGAUUAAUGAAAUUAUAUUCUUGAUAUUAAAUUCUAUAACAAUCGGCUAGCUAAAUAAUAAGGGAAGUAAACGAUACGAGGUAUAAUGUGAAAACAGACGUUUUGCUGUUGAAUAACAUAUGAUUGCGGGACAGAAAUAAUUCCAUAACAAGAUAUGCUGCACUUAUUGCUAAUACCAAUUAUUCAUUUUGUUCUAUGAAGCGUAGUAAAAAUUAUCCCUAUUCUGC